AUGUCCUUCAAGCUGUGCAUUAUUGGUCGGGCGCAAAUGAACUUGAUCAUCAGUAUUGGGUUUGCAACUCCGCCGGUCGCCGUACCUGGACUACCGCCGCAGCAGCAGGAGGAGGAGGAGGAGGAGGAGGAGGAGGAGGAGGAGGAGGAGGAGGAGGCGAAUCUCGCAGUAACUUCCGUCCUGAAAUAUUGA